CCAGUUAAGUAGAAACCAGCAUAAGGCCUGUAGCAAGCUCCCAGUUAAGUAGAAACCAGCAGCAAGCUCCCAGUUAAGUAGAAACCAGUGUAAGGGCUGUAGGGGGUCCCAGUUGCAUGUUUAGAUUGACACUGGAGCAGAGGACAUCGUUGUCAGAAAAUGUCCCUUUUUUUUGGAAGGUAGGGGGGUAGUUUCAGAUGGGUGGGAAAAAAAUGUGAACCAGCGAUUCGUAACGUUUUAAUUGAUUUUGAGACCGAUGCAUGAUACAUUUGGGUCGGUUUGGGGUCCCGCGGACCAAUGCACUCAUGUUAAACAUUUGAACCGGGGACCGACGCGUGUGAAGCGUUACGUAUUAAAUCUAUAAAUCGAUUGGUUUUGGUGUUCUCUCUUUAUUUUCUGUUUAGCACUUUGAACAGAUUUUWUUUUUUUUAAGAAAUGUGCUCUAUAAAUGAAGUUUGAUUUGACCCAGCCCACCGAGGGCCUGGCCCCAGCAGACAGCCUGAACGACCCAGCGUCAGAGAGUAACGGCCAGGAGCUGGCUGCAGCAGUGACCCAGGCUGUGGCCCGGCUAGCCCCAACCUGCACCAUGGUGGUGACAAACCCGGCUAAGACUCAGCCCAUGAUGGUGGCUAUCCCGGCUAAGACUCAGCCCAUGAUGGUGGCCAGCCCGGCUAAGACUCAGCCCAUGAUGGUGGCCAGCCCGGCUAAGACUCAGCCCAUGAUGGUGGCCAGCCCGACUAAGACUCAGCCCAUGAUGGUGGCCAGCCCGGCUAAGACUCAGCCCAUGAUGGUGGCUAUCCCGGCUAAGACUCAGCCCAUGAUGGUGGCCAGUCCGGCUAAGAUGCAGGCAGCUGCGACCCUGGCAGAGGUGGCUAACGGCAUAGAGUCAGCUGCGGGGAGGCAAGGAGCUCCUCCUGCGGUGGCCAAAGCCCCGGUGAAGAAAGACAACCAGUGGUUUGACGUUGGCAUCGUCAAGGUGACCAACACCGUGGUCACACACUACUACUUGCCCACUGACGACCAAGCCGCUGUCGAUGUAAGACACGCCACACCACGCACGCACGCACGCACGCACACACCACACACACUACCCGCUGAUGACCAGGCCUCUGUCGAUGUAAGACUCUAUAAAGGCAUCAGCAUGCUUCAGUUCGGCUGCAUAAUCCCUUAAAAGGACCUUGGCUUGAAUUAUUAUUUUUUAAAGCGGCGAUAGUACUGUUUGUCCAUUUUGAGAUGCCGUAGCCUG